ACUCAAUAGCCGGAAUUAUAAAUAGCCGAAUUCUCUGAUGUUGGUUUAGUUGAGGCAUACACAAACACACACGCACACACGUAUACUCGAGAAGCAAGAAAGCAAAAAUAUCAAAAGAUGAAACGAAAGAGAUGUGACAUGGAAGAGACAACGAAGAAGAAGAAGAUGACAGAGAUUGGAUCCGCCAUUGAAGAACUCUCUGUUCUUUCCAUAGCCAAGACAACAAUAGUUACCACCGAAACAGAAUCCACCUGCAUCAUCAAUUUACCUUUGAAGCCUCUCCUCUCUUUCUGCAAAUUAAUCAUCCAAGUUCUUGAUAAGAUUGGCCCGACAAUGGCUGUUCUCCGACAAGACAUUGAUCAAAAUAUUCAAAGAUUAGAGAAGAUGUGGGAAUCAGAUCCUAUCUUAUACUCAAACUUGGUUGAAAUACUGAGAAAAGAAGCCAAGGAAGGAUCCACUAAGAAGCCUAAAAGCUGUAGCAGAGCUGCUCUUUGGCUAACCAGAGCCAUGGAUUUUACAUUGGAGCUAUUGCAACGGCUGGUGAAAGACAUGUCACAAAACAUGGAACAAGCCGUACUAGAAAGUUAUAAUUUGACUAUAAAACCAUGGCAUGGAUGGAUCUCUGCUGCUGCUUUCAAGGUGGCUCUUAAGCUGGUACCAAACAACAACACAUUCAUCAACGUGCUUGCGGCUAAAGACGAGAGUAAUCAAAUGGUUCAAGAUGAUAUAAGAAGUUUAAUUUCUUUGCUCAUUCCACUUCUAAGACAACUUCAUUCUAUUUUGGAAUUAUACGAAGUGCACAAACUAAAGUCAACUUGAAAAAGAGCACCGAGAGAAAGGAGUUAAGGGUAUAGCUUGGUUGUAACACGAUGUCUAACUUGUAGCAUCACUUUUCUGAUGAGUUUUAAUCAAAUUUUUUUUUUCUUAUAAUGAGUUAUUUAUCUAACUGCGUUAUCAUGCACACAAUCAUGAUUUGGUAUAUGAGUGUGUAUGGAACAUAUAUACCCAUAUGUGGUUGUGUAUAUAUGCUCAUGCAUGCACAUAAUC